CAUGCGCGCAGAGCGAAGCAGGAAGUAAGCAUCAUGUCGACAGAGGACCCGUUUUUCGUCGUGAAGGGGGAGGUGCAGAAGGCCCUGUCUCGCGCCCGGGCCCUGUUUGACAGGUGGGAGGAACUGUUGCAGGAUGGGUCGCAGGUCAGCCGUGACGAGCUGGACUGGAGCGCCAACGAGCUGAGGAACUGCCUGAGGGCCAUCGACUGGGACCUGGAGGACCUCAGUGAGACCAUCAGUAUCGUGGAGUCGAACCCGGGGAAGUUCAGACUGGCUGACGAUGAGCUCCGGGAGAGGAGAGGCUUCGUGGAGCGAACCAGGAGCUCCGUGCAGGAGAUGAAGGAUCAGUUGUCCAGCCCUUCUGCUGUGGCUCAGGCAGAGAAGAAGAACAGAGAGGCUCUGCUGACUCCUUCAGGUCAGGACAAGUCAACGGGACUUGAGGCCCAUCUGGUGUCGGCGAACUCCCGAUACAUCCAGGAGCAACAGGAACAACAACAGCUGAUUGUGGAGGAGCAGGAUGAGCAGCUGGAGUUGGUGUCGGGCAGCAUCAGAGUCCUCAAAGACAUGUCGGGACGCAUCGGGAACGAGCUCGACGAGCAGGCUGUCAUGUUGGGCGACUUCGGAGACGAGAUGGACCAGACGUCGUCCCGCAUGGACUCGGUCCUCAAGAAGCUGGAGAAGGUGUCCCACAUGACCAGCAGUCGGAGGCAGUGGUGCGCCAUCGGCGUGCUGGUCACCGUGAUGAUCGUGGUCCUCGUCCUCUUCUUCGCUCUCUGAUAUCCGGCGAUGACCUCUGACCUCUGGACCGACGCUCACCAGGCGUCUCCCCGUGAGGACGGACGUGUCUCCUCCUCCUCCCCUCCUUUCCUUUCCUUUCUCCUCUCCACUGAGGAGAAACUGGUGAAGUUAGGAAACAACCCUCCUUCUCUUUGCUUUUAACGAUUCUAGUGGGGAAACAAACAACAACAACAACAACAACAAGAGAGGAGCUUCACGCUGAGGGAACCCUGGUGGUGUUACGUAAUUCACAUUUGGGUUAUUGUUGAUAACGGUACUCGAUGGGGGGGGAGGGGGGGGAUUUCAGUGUUGCCUUAAAUGUAUUUUUAUAUAUCGUGGACAUGUGCAGUAUGUUUAUGUGCCUACAUGUUGAUCAGAGGUGGGGGGGUGGGGGGGUUGGGGGGGGGGCGAGGACCACCAGGACCACCAGGACCACCAGGCCGAGACCCACGAGUCUCUCAGAUUUCAGAGCGACUCGUGCGUCGAAUGCGUCACCCAGAAACACGGCGACUCAUCAUAGACCCGAUGGUAGAUCCCGGUCCUCGUCUCCCCCCCCCCCCCCCCCCAAUAAACCUCUGAACAAGCGGGUUUAAAUUCCCCAUUGAGAACCGGCUCGACGGGGUGAAGUCGGGUCUGCAGCCGGCUCACGAUUGGUCGAAAGGCUCGGUCGUCUCUCACUGGGCGACGACCUCGUCUCGGAGCGAAUGGGUUUCGCCCGUUUCUUCUUUUUUUUUAAUCGAGCUUCUAGCUCAGAGGAGCGGUUGCCGGGCAGGAAGUCUCCUCACGAGGCCCAGAUUCAGGCAGACGGCUCCCUCUGCUGGAGGCCGGGGGUCACGUCAGGUGACACCACCCGGGAGGGAGGGGGAGGGGGGGCUGCAGUUCUGUAUAAAUGUAUUUAUAAACACGCUUUGAAUUCAUGUACAAAGGCUUUCGAUCAAUUUUAUUUGUAAUCCUGUGUUAUCCAGAUUUCUUUUUUUCACUUUUUAUUCAUUUAAUAUUUUUUCACCACCCAGAACGAAGGCGUUGCGUAACAUUUCUCCCGAGACAUUUAUUUUUUAUUUUUUAAACCGAUGGAGUCGGAGGUCAAAUGCCCCCCCCUCCCCCCCCCCCCC